AUGGUCUUUGUUGAUGAUGAUAUAGAUGAUGAAUCAGUAAGUGAUGAUGAAGACUUCAUUGCUGAGGAGGAUGAAUCAGAAGAUGAUGAUGUCUUGGGGGAUUUCAUUGUGGAUGAGGAUGAGGACUCAUUUGCAUAUGAUGAUGUUUCUGAGAAGGCUUUUGAGGAUUUCUUAUAUGGUAGCUCAACUAUGGACAGGUUGUAUAGGAAUGGUAAGAUAUGGAAUGAAGAACCAUUUGGGUCCAUUAAACUAGAGCCCUGGUUGAUCUUCCCAACAAGAGAAGUGUUUUUGGAGGUUCUGAGGGAUUUUUGCAUCCAAGAAGGCUUUGGUCUUCUUGUAUUGAAAGCUGAUAAUAAGAGGUUUACAGCUGCUUGCAUAAUGGAAGCAUGUGAAUGGAGGAUACAUGCUUCCAGAUUAACUGAUAAAAUCAGUUGGGCCAUCAAGACCAUUAAGGGGGAACAUACCACUUGUGGGAGGUUAGAGGAGAACCCCAUGGUCUCUUCUGCUUGGUUGUGCAAGAAGCUGUUGGAUGUCAUUAAAACAACCCAUGAUAUACCUGUUGAGUCUUUGCAAAGGGUAGUUCAGGAGAAGUUUAGGGUGACAGUUAAGAAGAGAUUGUUUUACAAGGUAAAAACAAUGGCUAAGGAGGAGAUUUAUGGAGGGUUUGUUGAGGCUUAUAGCUUACUCCCCACAUAUGCUGAGAUGAUUAAGUCAACAAACCCAGGGUCAUAUGCCCUUAUAUCAUGGACAAGCAACACAGGUCAGGUAGCUCCAACUUUCAAGGCCUGUUUUUUUUCAUUUGCAGCACAAGUGAGGGGCUUUUUAAGGGGAUGUAGGCCUUUGAUAGGCAUUGAUGGAGCACACUUGAGUGGCUAUUAUAAGGGGAUUCUGUUGUCUGCUCUAGGUGUACAUGGUAAUAAUGAAAUCUUUUUGAUUGCAUAUGGGAUUGUUGAUACUGAGAGCACAGAAUCAUGGGAGUACUUUUUUAGGAACUUAAGGUUGUGCUUUAAAAAAGAAGGUUGCAACAAGGAAGAUUGGUGCUUCAUUAGUGAUAGGAUGAGAGGGGUUGAUGCUGCUGUGCAUGGGGUGUUUCCCAAGGCUACUAGGAGGGUCUGCUGCCAGCACUUAUAUAUGAACUGCAAGAACAUGGGCUGGAGUGGAUCAGCCUUCCACAAACUAUUCUGGGUUGCUGCAAAUGCCUACAACAAAUAUGUGUUCAACAAAGCAAUGGGGAAGAUAUUGGCUCAUGAUAAAGAUGAUGCUGCCUAUCUAGAUAACACCACAUAG